CCUCCUGCUACCUACCUAUCACCGCCACCACAGUUUCCUGAUCAUCCUUCUACCACACCACACCACAUAAUGGCAGCACCGAGAGCAACGCAGUUUGUCGCCCUGAGGAACUUGGCUCGUGGCAGCAGACAGACUCGCAGCUUGCACAUGACCGGCCCAGCAACAUAUGCUUCGCCUGUGCUCACCAAGGAGCGCCCAGUGCUCAACCUUCCCACCGACAUCGCCGGCCUGCGUGCAGAGUGCAAGAGGCGGAAGAUCGAGGUUGCCGGCUCGAAGUCGGAUCUCAUCUCGCGCCUGAAUGCUCACGAGCUCGCCAACUCCCGCGCAUUCAGCACUGCCAUCGAGCAGUCGAGACGACCAACCGCUGAAGCUGAGGGCGCGCCGAAGGCCGUCCGCCACUUCAACGUCAGCCGUACCCUAAAAACCAACAACGACACCUCCACAAUCGACUUCGCCUACUUCCCAGAUGCCGACCCGGACAACACCGACCAGUUGGGCCAGAUCCGCGUGCCUAUCAUCCCGACCAACAUGACUCCACCGCGGACAGGCGCACACGCACCAGAGGUUGAGACGGUCGUGAUGAAGCCGAUGAUCAGUGCCAUGUCCGCAGAUGCCGUCUAUCUGCCCAUGGCUGACAUGUCUGACGGUCACGCCCUGAACGUCGACUUCCAUGCCAUGGCCGAUCGUGUCGCCGCCAACAUCCGGCGCUUGCAAGUUCCAGUGGAGGAGCAAGCUAGCAUCAUGAAGCAGCUGUGGAGCGAUCUUGUCGAUGACAUGAUGGGCAAGAAGCUUGCGCAUUCGUAGUUCCUUCGAACUAGGCGUAGGUGCUGGCGUUGAGCGCACAUGAUGUGACAUUAGCGGGAUGGCUGAGUAAUUAGGUCGAGCGAAUAAUCAGCGGAGCGACGCAUAUAUUUCAUCUAUCGAUAUUGUCCGAUCAUGCAGCUGACUGCCAUUGACGGGCGCUUCUCCCUGACACUUUUGAUAUUAAUGCCAGACACUGCGCCUCUAACAGCCCACGACUUGACUAGCUGAAAGAAUGCUUGAUGCGACCGCUAUGCACCUCGCCAGGCUGAACGACAAAGCGGUUACCGUCCGCUGCAAACUUUAUGUAUUCGUCGAACCGUCACCUCAUGUAACAAUACAGGGUAUGCCACUCAACGCCCGAACACCACCCAAAUAUGCUGACGUACAUCAUCCGAUAAACCCAUUCCCAACCAGUGGACCCACCCACUUCCCUUUCCCCUUCCUCGCCGCCUUCAUCUCCGCAUACAACGCC